GACAUUGCGGCUGCAUAAUAUACAACCAUCCGCACUUUACCCUGAGGGAUGAUGGGGAUUGUAGUUCAUGCAACUGUUGGCUUAGAACUCUUUUAGGGACUGGGGUCUGUACUCGAGCGUCCUGCGGGAGGAGGCUAGGGAUCUAGAGGACCAUGGCAGCCGUGGGCUUUGAAGAGUUCUCAGCGCCGCCAGGGUCGGAGCUGGCGCUGCCUCCCCUGUUUGGUGGUCACAUCUUGGAGAGCGAGCUUGAAACAGAAGUGGAGUUCGUGUCCGGGGGUCUGGGCGGCUCGGGGCUCCGGGAGCGAGACGAAGAGGAAGAGGCAGCCCGGGGCCGGCGGCGGCGCCAGCGGGAACUAAAUCGCAGGAAGUAUCAGGCGCUAGGUCGGCGCUGCCGGGAGAUCGAGCAGGUGAACGAGAGGGUCCUGAACAGGCUCCAUCAGGUACAGAGGAUAACACGGAGACUGCAGCAAGAGCGCAGGUUCCUCAUGAGAGUGCUGGACUCCUACGGUGAUGACUACCGCGCCAGCCAGUUCACUAUUGUGCUGGAGGACGAGGGCAGCCAGGGCACAGAUGCCCCCACCCCAGGCAAUACUGAGAACGAGCCUCCAGAGAAAGAGGGGCUGUCCCCGCCCAGAAGGACACCUGCACUCCCAGAACCCAGCAGCCCAGCCCUCGGCGAGGGGCCCAGUGGGCGGAAAAGGCGGCGAACGCCCCGGGAAGGACGGGAAGGACGCCGAGCAGGAGCUGUGUUGACUGCAGAACUGGCCCCUGUGCAGAUUAAGGUCGAGGAAGACUUUGGCUUCGAAACGGAUGAGGCCCUGGACUCGGGUUGGGUUUCUCGGGGGCCAGACAAACUACUGCCCUACCCCACCCUAGCCAGCCCUCCCUUUGACUGACCCCCCCCAAUAAACUGACCCCACAUUUGCCUCGGC